AUGGCGUCAAUAUGCUAAUAAGCAAGAGAAGUCUACUAGAAAAACCUAAUUAUUUAUUAUCAAGAGAGGUAAUUCAGUAAAGAAUUUGGGGUGGCAUUUGGUAUAUUUCUCAUACUCCUUAUUGGAUGUAAGAAUAUAUAGUAUAUCAUAUAAUAGAAGAAACAAAAAGUGGUACACUUCUUUAAGUGGGAGCUGAGUUUUUACCAAUGACACUAUUGAUUAGUUCAAGGUACAUGGUCACAUCAUUGAUAUCAGAGAAGAGUGACAGAUAAAAAGAAAUCUAAAAAGUAAUAAUUUUAGUCAUUGAUCUUAGAUUAUGGGUUUAAAACAAUCUUCCUAUUAGUUAGGUUGGUUCUUAUUCAACUUAUGUAGAAUAAUGGCUGUCUCUUUAUUCUUUCUUGUUCUAACUGUACCAACAGGAUGCUUCGGACCUAAAAACUCAUAAGCAACUGUGGAUUCAGUUACAUAGCCUGUUUCAUACUUUAGUCCAAUCUUAAUCAUUUGUAGCUACUUACUUUAUGCUUUUGGGUUGACAGCUUAGCAAUAUUUCUUAACAACAUUAUUUGAUCAACCAAAAAAUGGAGCUGAUCUAUCAAUGUUAUUGAAUAUCUUUGGUUCAAUAUUUUCAGCCUUGCUCACUUUACCUUAUUUCUAAAAGUACUUUAUUAAUUUAAUUCUAGUAAUUCUUGGAUAGUAAUUUUAUUUGGAAUUAUCUUUCCAACAUUUUUAUAUAAUAUAUAUCCAUAUAAUCAAAUUUUAGGAACCAUUAAUAAAGGCACAAUACCAAGAUUAACACCCAAAUUGUACUUUGGAAUAUAAGGCGCUGAAAUUAUUUUAUAUGCGAUUUUGUAUUUAUAUUUAGAAGAAGUUCUGCCAAAUGAAUAUGGAACAAAUAAACAUCCUUUGUUUUUUAUAGGAAAAAAAUAUGAAAUUUAAGGUGAGGAAAUUGUCAAUUAAUAUGAAUUAUCCAGUAUCAACAAACCUCUUAUUGGUAGUAAUAGAGAAUCAGAAAUUUAAGAAGAUAAUAGUUCAGCUAUCUAUCAUGAAGUUUUUGAUAAUCCAAAAUAAGUUAAAGUAUUAAUAAAAUAAAUAUAUUUUUAGAGAGCUAUUUCAAUAAAAAAUGUGAAGAAGAGUUUUAAUGAUUUAAUGGCAGUAAAUGGUGUUACUCUAUAAAUAUAUGAAUCUUAGAUACUUUGCUUAUUAGGACAUAAUGGAGCUGGGAAAACUACAUUAAUUUCCAUAUUAACUGGUUUAAUUAAGAGAAAUAGUGGUGGUAUAAUAUAUUAUGGAACAGAUACUGAUUUUGAUGUAAUUAGAAAUUAUUUAGGUUUUUGUCCAUAAAAAGAUACUCUUUAUGAUAGUUUAAAUUGUGAUUAACAUUUAUAUUAUUAUGGUAAAAUAAAAGGAAUAGAUGAGAAAGAAUUACAAUUAGAAAUAGAUUAAAUAAUAAAUAAGUGUGAUUUAUCAAAUGAUAGAAUGAAAUUAGCAAAAUAAUUAUCAGGUGGAACAAGAAGAAAAUUAAGUUUAGCAAUAUCAUUGAUAGGUAGAUCAAGAGUUAUAUUUCUUGAUGAACCAACAUCUGGAAUGGAUCCAAUAUCAAGAUAAAAAAUAUGGGAUAUAUUAACAUAAAUAAAAAAUGAAGGUAGAUGUUUAGUAUUGACUACUCAUCAUUUAGAUGAAGCAGAAGUAUUAUCAGAAAGAUUAGCAAUAAUGGCUAAAGGUAAGUUACUUACUGUAGGAUCAGUAGAUUUUAUAAAAAUGAAUUUUGGAAUUGGAUAUCAUUUAAAUUUAUAUGAUAAGACAAACAAUCCAUAAGUUUGGAAUGAGAAAAAUAAGAAAUUGGCAAACAUAGUUUAAUAAUUCAUUCCAUCAGCAAAACUUAGUAGUUAAACUUCCUAAGAUUGUAUUGGAUUUUAGGUCCCUUUUAAAUAAAAAGAUAAAUUCUUACCAUUAUUUGAAUAACUAGAGAGAGAUUAAUCAAUUUAGGUUAAUUUAAUGAUGAAUACAUUAGAAGAAGCUUUUAUUAAUAUUGGAAUGGAUGAAGAAGCCUUCCUUAAUAAAGCAUCAGGGAAGAAUAUAUAGAAUGAAGAUUCUAAAAUUAAUAUAGAUAUAAAUGAAGAAUUCAAUAAAAUUAUUCCCCCUGAAUGUUUAAGUAGACCACCUCAAUAUAAUUUUGGCUUAUAGCUUUGGGCUUGCUUUAUAAAAAAACAUUAUACAAUGACACCUAAAAGAUAUCUUAUGUGUGUAUUUAUGCCUUCACUUUUUGCAUUUUUAGGUCCAUGUAUAGCUAAUGUUUCAGUGAAUGCAAUAUCGUCAACAUAAGGAUCUAUUCCAAAAUAAGAAUAAGGAGAAGUUGCUUUAAUAGAUAUUUAUAUUUAUGUAAUAAUUGGUGCUUCAUUGGCGAGUUCUCAAAUAGGAAGUGCACCUGUAGAAGAAAGAGAAAAAAAAUAGAAAUAUGCUUUAAAUGUUAUGGGAUGUCGAACAUUACCAUAUUGGUUUGGAUACUAUCUAUAUGAUAUCAGUAUCUGUAUAAUAGUGAUGAUUUUUUUUAUCAUCUCAGUAAAUGUUUUUUAAGUUUAAGUUAUUAAUAAUGGAAAUGUUUAUGGACUUGUAUUUUGUUGUUUAUUAGCAUAUUUACCUCUUUCAUAUAUUUUAUCAUGGCUUUUUACUUCAUUUUUAUCAGCGGUUAGAACCUUAGUAUUAGUAUAAUUAUUUGGAUUUUUUAUGAUUGCUUCAGUAAUUUAUGUAUUCAGCUUUAAAGUUAAUGCUGUACUUUGGAUUCUAUCAUUUUUGUUACCUUCUUUAGCAACAUUUAGUGGAUUUAUUACUGUAUAUAAUAAAAUAGUAAUAUAAACAGAAGAUGAAUCAAAUAUUGAUGAGAGUAAUACACCAUUUUAAAAUGUUGAUCCAUUUAUAUUUAUGAUAAUAAUGUUAUUCUAAGCUUGUCUUUAUUUUUAUAUAACAUACUUGAUUGAUAAUAGAGAAUUAUUAGGUGUUAAUUAAGGUGGAGUUUUAAGUCUGAAUUAAGAUGAAGAUGUUAUUUAGGAGGAAAGAAGAGUAGAAAUUUUAAAUUGUUAAGAUAGAGUAAUAGCUAAGAAAAUAUCAAAAACUUAUGCUAAUGGAUUUUAAGCAGUAAAAGGAACAUCAUUUGGAAUAGAACCAGGAUAAAUCUUUGGAUUAUUAGGUCCUAAUGGAGCUGGUAAAUCAACUACUUUUAAUAUGAUUACUUCUAAAUUAAAACCAUCUACUGGCACUAUAUUGUUAGAACAUUAAGAGGUUAAAAAAGGUUUAGGAGAUGUUUAUUAAAAUGUUGGGAUAUGUCCAUAAUUUGAUAGUUUAUAUGAUAUUGUUAAUGUUAGAAGACAUUUAUAAAUAUGGGCUUAUUUAAAAGGAUUGAAAGGAGAUGAAGUAAAUUAAUCAAUAGAAUAUUUUAUGAAAGUUAUGUAAUUAACAGCAUAUGAAAAUACAUUGGCUUCAUAAUUAAGUGGAGGAAAUAAAAGAAAAUUAUGUGUUGCUUUAGCAUUAAUGGGUGGAACAAAUAUGUAAUUUUUUGAUGAACCAUCUUCUGGAGUAGAUCCUAUUGCUAGAAGAUUUUUAUGGAAUGCAAUCUAAUAAGGAGUUAAAUUAAGAUAAAGUUCUGUCAUUUUAACUACUCAUACUAUGGAUGAAGCAGAAAGUCUUUGUAAUAAGAUUGCUAUCUAAGUUAAUGGAAGAUUUGCAUGCAUAGGAUCUGUUCAACAUUUAAGAUCUAAAUUUGGAGAUGGAUAUAGAAUUGUAAUAGAACCAAUAAAUAAUUUAGUAAUUAUAUAUUUAUUAUCAUUUUUAGGAUGAUGGAACAGCUAUUAUUUAACAAAUUAAUCAACAAUUUGGUAAUAUUUAAAUUACAAAUGAUGUACAUUCCGGCAAAAUUAUAUGUAAAUUUCCAUUAAAAGGAUUCUAAUUCCAUUAAACAUUUUAUUUCCUUUAAGAAAAAUUACAAAAAGAAUUGAAUUUAAUUAAAGACUUCUAGAUCAGUCAACCUAAUCUUGAAUAAAUCUUUAUGUAAUUUGCAGCAUAACAAAUUAUUGAACCAGAAGUGUAAAAAUUAGAAAAUCCUGGUCAUUGUCAUGUAGUCUCAUUAUGUGGAAAUGAUGAAGAUGAUUGA